AUGGACACUCGUCCUUCGAAGAGACAGCGAAUAUUCACAGUCUACUCAUCUGAUACGGACGACGAUAUUGAAGCGCAGAUAGAAACAAACGAUGCGAAGACUGCAAGCCAUGCAGCUACCAAAGACUCUCGAAACGAUGUAACUCAACUCCCCAUUGGCGAUUCUGGGCCAAUUUCGAAAGCACUUCCCCUCCUGUCCUCGCGGCCGCAGACGACCUCGACUUCCGGCUACUCUAAUAGCAGAUCACAUUCCUCUACCCCUUCACCUGAGAAAAAGAAACCUGGGAAACCCUUGAACGGCAAAUCAACUGGGGAUCCUUUGCGCAGCUUCUUCCAACCCGCAAGUGAGGAACAACGAUGGUCUUCGCAGAAAUUCGAACCAACGCGCCCCGCGAAAUCCACAACAGAAAAAGCUGGGGAUGAUGACGAUUUGAUAGAAGAUGACUACGAUUCAUUCGAUGAGUUGUUUACGCAACAUUUCAUCAACGCGGAUAUUGGUUCCCAGAGCGGGACAGGAGCGCAGCGAAACAGUCAAGACAAAUCAUGCCAGAAUCCGCCAUCGAUCAAGACAAAUCCGACGGGGAAACGUGCGAGCUCUACGAAGCGCUUCUUGCUUCCCCAAUCCCCUAAAAAAAAGGGUCAAUCUCGGCCAUCAGCUACCAUCACCGCAGAGGACGAUGGGCGUCCAUGGGCCCAGAAGUACGGCCCGUCCAAUUUGGAUGAGUUAGCUGUCCAUAAGCGGAAAGUUACUGAUGUGCAGAACUGGUUGAAUGAUGUAUUCAUAGGGAGAAAUAGAUGCAGAUUGCUCGUUCUGCGUGGUCCUGCCGGUUGCGGGAAAACAACUACCGUAUCUCUGUUGUCUGAUACAUUGGGCUUCGACGUCCUCGAGUGGAAGAAUCCGCCGGCCUCCGAAUUCAACACGAAAGGUUACACGUCCAUUGGCGCUCAAUUCGAGGAAUUUCUGGGACGGGGUGAUAAAUUCAGUGGACUUGAACUAGAUGGAGCAGAUAAAACUUCAGAUGCUGGAGGAAGCCAUGAUUCUGCAUCGUCCCAGCGACGUAUUAUCCUUAUAGAGGAGUUUCCCACGAUUCUAAGUCGGAAUUCGUCUGGUCUGGCGGCCUUCAGGCUUUCUCUCCAGCGGUAUCUUGCUGCAACAGCUCCUUCGGGUUCAAGUAACCCAGCGAUUCCGGAAGGAGCACUGAAUCCUCCUAUAGUACUCAUCAUUUCAGAAACACUUUUGGGCUCAGCAUCUUCUGUUUUGGAUAAUUUAACUGCCCACAGGUUACUGGGUCCGGACAUUUACAACCACCCGAACACUACGUUUAUCGAUUUUAAUAACAUUGCUCCUACAUAUAUGCAAAAUGCGCUAAGGCUGGUAUUAGAGAAGGAGGCUCGUCAUUCCAGACGAGUUCAAGUCCCCGGGCCAGCAUUCCUCGAGAGAAUAUCUGAGAUAGGGGACAUCAGGAGUGCUAUCUCUUCCCUCGAAUUUGUCUGCCUCAAAGGAGACAAAGCAGGAGCAUGGGGAGGAAGCAUAAACAAAAAGACGAGGAAAUCAUCUCGCAAUGGCGUAGGACUCACGCAGAUGGAAAAGGAGUCAUUGAAAAUGAUGACGCAAAGAGAAGCGAGUCUUGGGAUAUUCCAUGCUGUUGGGAAAAUCGUAUACAAUAAGCGUGAUGAGGUUAGCAGUACGACAGGGAGCUUCAGGCCCCCUUCGCCGCCAGACCAUCUGCGCCACCAUGAUCGGCCGAAAGUAUCUCAGGUCUGGGUUGAUGAGCUUAUGGAUGAAACCGGGACAGACAUUCAAACCUUUAUAAGCGCUCUACAUGAGAACUAUGUGCCAUCCUGCGAGUGCCUGUUAUCCACGGACUGUCUGGAUGAAUGCAUAGGAGCAUUGUCGGAUAGCGAUAUGUUGUGCGCGGACCAAAGAGGCGCUCAAAGACAUGGCGCAAGAGUCGGUGGAGUCGGGAAUUUCAGUGCUGGUGUUGACAUGUUGCGGCAAGACGAGAUUAGCUAUCAGGUAGCUACGCGAGGCCUUCUUUUCGCUCUCCCUCAUCCUGUAAAAAGGAAGCUGGGAUCAGGGCGUGGGAACGAUGCUUACAAGAUGUCGUAUCCGAAAUCCCUGCGUUUAUGGAGCGCAUCCGAGGAAAUUGAGGGAUUGAUGGACUUAUGGAUGAAGCGUCUGUUGAAUCCAUUCAGCACAGCAGUCUCCCAGCUCGGUGGCAUACAGGGCUGGAAGAACCGUUCAACUGUUCGUGACACCAAUCAAUAUAAUGACAGUGAGACGCUUAGGACUGUGACAAUGAUGCCUCGAAACGAUGCAUUACUUUGGCACCUACCAUAUAUGGCUAAAAUAUCACAGAACGAACUCGAAACAGAGGAGCUCCAUAAGAUCACCGACUUUCAUAUUGGAGCUCACGGCGAUCUUAGUCACAACAGCGACAACCAUGUCAGCGAUCCUUUGCUGGGGCCUAAUCGCCUUCUCCAGCGGAGGCUACGCCAUACCAAGUUUCAAGGCAAUAACAGUGCAUUCGGACCACAACUCCCGCAACCCCUGGAAGAUCAAGAGGAGAAGCUAGUCUUGAGCGACGACGAUAUCAUGGAUGACUGA